AUGCAUGGGGAGAUUCUUGAUGAGAAAUUGGAAAAGCGAGCACUGCAAAAAGGGUUGCUGCUGGAGUUCAAGAAAGAUUCUGAAAGGUUGCUGCUUGCAGUUGCUCAGAAACCCGAUGGCAAGAAGAACUGGAUGGUCUUCGAUCAGAAUGGUGUCACAACAUCCAUUAAACCGCAACAAAUAACCUAUAUUGUCCCCGGUGUUGAAAAUUUUGACCACACUGAGAUAUCAGACUUUAUUCAAAAAGCUCAUAACAACUUGGAUCCCACACUGCUUGAAUUUGCUUGGGUUGAGCUCCUUGAAAAGAAUAAGUUAGUGACAGUUGAGGAAUUAGCUGAGAUGAUUUUUGGUAGUGCGGAGCCACUAGAAAGCUAUUGUGCCCACCUCUUGCUAUCCAAAGAUGAAAUUUACUUUGCAGUACUAGAGACGAAAGGUCCUUGUUCCCUCUAUAGGCCUCGACCUACUGUUCAGAGUGAGGGCUAUAAUGACCUCCAACCUGGAAUGGCUAUGACUUAUUUGACGGUAGAAGAACUCCUACGUAGGAAGGCUGUUAAGGAGGUUGCUGACAAGGAAUUUCAGGAGUUUGUAGAGUUGCUAAAAUCUGCAAAGGCAACGCCUCUAGAUGCUAAACCGCCUAAAUCUUCUUGGAAGGUUGAAGAGAAAAGUUGGCUCAAAAUUGAGUCUAUUGAAGCUUAUGCCGUUGAUGCUUGCAGGAAUGAUGACCAAAAGAAAACAGCGGGAGUGUUUCACACCCCAUUAAUGGGGACUAAACUUUGUGUUUUAUAUCGAGAAAUCUGUGUAGCAUCUAAAGUUUUUCCUCAGAUUCUGAAGGCCAUGGGACUGCCAAAAACAGCAUCUUCUGCAGUAAAUCUUCUCAUAGAUAUUGGAUAUUUCCCAGUACACGUCAACCUUGAUCUGUUGAAGUUCAACAUUCGUACUGAUUAUCCAGACGAGAUUUUAUCGGCUGCUGAACAUCUUGUGUCAGAGUCAUCAGACCCAGAUGAGGAGAAAAUUUGCUUCUUUUGCCUGCCAUCACAGCUGAUUCAUAUAAAUGUAGGAAUAAAGCUACCUGAUUCUUAUUCCUUUGACUUAUGCAACAGAGACCGAUGGUUGCUCGAGAAGGAAGAAAUGAUGUUUGAUGGCCGUGGAGUUAAGAAAAUUACAACUUUCUCACCUCUGUUGAGGAGAACAAUUGUUGAAGUUCAGAUGGUUGAUAGAAUAGAUUUGACUCACCUGAAGGUUUAUGCAAUUGAUGUUGAUGAAGCAGAUGAGCUUGACGAUGCACUCAGUGCGACAAAGCUGCUGGAUGGCCGGAUUAAAGUUUGGAUACAUGUUGCAGAUCCAACUAGUAUAGUUCAACCUGGGAGUAUAAUUGACAGAGAGGCAAGGAAAAGAGGAACUUCUGUGUUUUUACCUACUGCUACUUAUCCAAUGUUUCCUGAGAAACUUGCCAUGGAAGGCAUGAGCUUGAAGCAAGGGAAGCUUUGCAAAGCUGUAACAGGCAAUGUGUUAGAUUUAUGGGCACUGAACUUCCAUUUAGAAAUACUCCAUGCUGAACAUAGCAUUGUUCACGAAGAUGAUAUGCAGAAGGAAUCUUACUGCUUAUAUGGGUCCAAUAGCAUUGCAGAAUAUACGGUGGAAAACUCGAUCAUCAGACCAACGUAUAUGCUGACAUAUGAGAGUGCAUCGGAGCUUCUUCAUUUGAGCCUGGAGGAGGAGGCUGAACUAAAAAUUCUGUCUGAGGCUGCAGCUCUUCGGUUACAAUGGCGUCGACAGCAGGGUGCAAUUGACACUGCCACAUUGGAAACGCGAAUCAAGGUGGCUAAUCCAGAUAAUCCAGAACCGUCUAUUAAACUAUACGUUGAAGAUCAGGCGGAUCCUGCAAUGCGACUUGUCACAGAGAUGAUGAUACUCUGCGGAGAAGCUAUAGCCACUUAUGGUUCUUGCAAUAACAUUCCCUUACCCUACAGAGGGCAGCCCCAGUCGAAUAUUGACGCAUCUGCUUUUGCCCAUCUUCCUGAAGGACCUGUAAGGAGCUCUGCUAUUGUUAGAAUAAUGCGCGCUGCUGAAAUGGAUUUUAGGAAGCCUAUACGACAUGGGGUGUUGGGACUUCCUGGUUAUGUGCAGUUUACAUCUCCCAUCCGUAGAUAUAUGGAUCUUCUCGCUCAUUAUCAGAAUGUGUUUGCAACUCUUUCACUUCCACAAACUCUACCUGAAUAG